UCAUCCAAGCAAGAUGAGGCCUGUAUGUAUCUGCGUCGAAAAAGGCAGCGCGUGCUGGGACCUUCAAUCCGGGCAGGAAAUGACAUCCCAGCCGGUCUCCAAUCUACGGGUGCUGAAUGCAGACUGGCUAUUUGGAGGCUAUAGUUAAACACUGGGACUCUGGUCAAGGCUCACGGGCGUAAGUCUUGGCAAGGGUCCUCGCCUGAGUGGUUGCAACUUUCAGUGGUUGACCGGCUUUCCCCCUCUCAUCACUCUUUCAACCACCAUAACUCGCAUCUUUUUCCUGUGAACAGAUCUCACCAGGAUCGAGUGCCGAUUCUUAGACGUCUGGACCACUUCCAUUCCGUCAUUCUCGCCCCUAUCUACUGUGUACUUUGUUCUUGCACACUGCCCCCAUUGAACACCCAGCCUUGUUGUCAAUCCAAGGGUGCGCUGACCGCCCCGCCUACCGUUCCCGCGCCCUCACUUCAACCCACUAUUCUGUCAUUCUCAACUUAUUCUCUUUCCCAUCCUGCCUCUACCACUAUCGAAUACUAUUGCAGUUCAUUUCUUGCCUCUUGAUACUGCUCUACUUUCGCAGUAGAGGGAGGCAAUAUUGGGAAGUGUCAAUUCGAGCUUCCCGUUCGACUCCGCAAUUUCCGCUUGAACCAAAUCCUUGCUGAACGGGCCGGCCUUCCCUGCUGAAGACAAAGGCAGCAGCGGCCACCUCCUCAUAUUCAAUGUCGCGCCAGUCCACAGACGGUCUCUUUCUCUCCCGGGACCAGCAAGACCUGCUUAUGGCAGCGCUAAACUCCAACAAGUCCUCGAACCAACAGUCCAAACAGAUAGCGACCCCUCAGAAUAUCAAUUUCACUCCCACCAUGUCUGCCCCAGGAUCCGCCAAUCUCGACUUCAGCGAUGAGAGCCCUUUCCUUGACUUUGAUCCCGAUGCCGACUUUGACGAGAGUUUCGACUUUGACGAAAAUGCCCGCAUGAUAGGUGACAUCCCUGGAGAGCUACAUGACAAGAGAAAAAGCCUCGACGGCAAAGACGAUGACGACGAGGGCGGAGGAAAGAGACGGGAGGGCGAAGACAAGACUGCCAAAAAGCCCGGCAGGAAGCCUUUGACCUCCGAACCUACUUCUAAACGCAAGGCUCAGAACCGAGCGGCACAACGUGCCUUUCGCGAGCGCAAGGAGAAGCACCUGAAAGACCUAGAAGUAAAGGUGGAAGACCUUGAAAAGGCUUCGGAAUCUGCCAACCACGAGAAUGGCCUUCUCCGAGCUCAAGUGGAACGUCUGCAGGUCGAAUUGAAAGAAUACCGAAAGCGUCUGUCCUGGAUUAGCAGCAAUGGAUUGAAUCGGUCGCAGCCGAUUGUGGCCCAUCCAAAACAAAAUAAUUCUGCAAUCAACAACCACAAUGACUUCCAGUUCGAGUUCCCAAAAUUCGGCGAUCUUCCGUCGAUGCCGUCGAACGUGUUCGGUAACUCGAAGCAGCAGAAACCACAGACCACAAACUCGACUCGAGCCUCAUCGAUCUCAACACCUAGGUCGACAUCAGUCUCACAAAAUAGUAAUGGCCGUCGGUCGACAUCAGGCUCACAAAAUCAGCCUGCUAGAUUUGGCUCUUUGACCCAAUCACCUCUAAGUAAUGGACAAUCUAGGUCUCCGCAACCUCAAAAUAUACAGAAGGACCAGCAAGGAAGCGUCGAUAGCUUGUCCGGGUUGUUCAGUCCUUCUAUAUUGGAAGCAAGCCGUCAUGCAUCGUUGGGUGGAUACUUCCCCCAAACCACUUACAAUGCCCCAGGCCAAAACGCUCUGGGAAACGUCUCGGGACUAUAUUCAAAUUCGAGCAUGUCCAAUUCCGACUCUCCGAGUUCGUCGACAGAGUCGCAAAAUCACAUUUCAUCCAUUGGGACUUCCCCAGAGCCGAGCCUCAACUCCCCUGCCAAUAAGGUCAACGACUACAGCCUCAAUCCUAUCAACGAAGGUGGUCUAUUGACAUUUGGCGGUAAGGACCUCUGCGAUCAACUCCAACUGGCCUGUGGCUGCGCGGACGAUCCAAUACCACCUAUUUUGAACAUGUCUAACGAAAGCUCGUCAGGAUUCAAUAACAACACCACCGGAUUGGAGGUUAAUGGCAUCAACGCCCUUGCUCAGCAAAACAACAACACCUUCGAUCCCGUCCUGUUCGGCGACUACCGCGAGACUCAAGACAAUAUUCUGUCGCAGGAUUUUGGAGCUUUCUUUAAUGACGCCUACCCAUUGCCGGACCUGGGCAGCCCUCUGCAUAAUUACACCGAUAUCACAGCUGACCAAGCUCCCAAGACGGAUCUAAUGCAACAGGUGGAGGCAGCUAAGAACGAAGAAGUCGUUCCGGAUACCGACAGGCCUAUGAGUUGCAAUAAGAUAUGGGACCGCCUCCAAUCAAUGGAGAAGUUCCGCAACGGCGAGAUUGAUAUCGACAACCUCUGUAGCGAGCUGCGUGCAAAGGCGAAGUGCUCCGAAGGUGGUGCAGUGGUGGAUAAGAAGGACGUUGACAAGAUUCUGGGUGUCGUCUAGGCAGUGUGUACUGACACUUGGAGUUCACGGCUCAGGUUUCGAAGGAUAUAUGAUACCAACAACCAAAUUGCAUGAGGAUGGCGGAAAACCAGCAUGCAUGUGCUACGAAGUUUCGCAAUGCUUGCUAUUGGAGUUAUGGAGUGGAAAGGUGAAGUGUCCUUUCAUGUACCACCCUGUGCGAUCUGAACUCUGGUUGAGUUCCGACGCUCUUUAUCGUGUUUGGCCAGGAGAUUGGAAGUAUCCUGCAACCAGCCAUGCCAAAAUACCAAAAUCUUGGAGAAUAUUUGUAUGAGACAGCCAUUGCAACAUUAUUCAUGAUCUAGAUUCUAGCGAUCAAGGGGGACUUUUCGAUUCAUGAGCUGCAAUUCAUACUUGGAC